UUCCCGCUUUACACUGUCACCUAUGUAUUGUACGUUGUUGGGAAACAACUCACUACCAUCCAUUCCACCCGGCUCGAGGAACCGGGUGGUUUUUCCAUCCUCCUAUGGAUAGAGUAGAAAUCUGAACGUUCUAUCUAAGCGUUCAAUAAAGACACUCAAUAAGAACCUGAACGCUUUCUGGAUGCAUCCGAAUGGAGAAUUUGAACACAACCCAGAUCAUGAUGGAAAUAUACAAUAUAAGAUGAAGUACUCCUGUAGAUGCGCAGUAGGAAAGUGCACAUUUGGGUAUAUUUGAUUGGUUAUUCCAAUAUUCCAGCGCUAUUAUAUUGGACUCUAGUCUAAACUAGACAAAAGAAUCAAUAAUCGUGAAUGUCAAGGAAAAAUUGAAAGUCUCAUGAGACUACUCGAACGAGUUGGAUGUGUGUCUCAUCCAUCUAAUUUCGGUUUACCCGGUUUGAAGUGGCCGGUACAUUGCAUUUUUAUUACACGAAUUAUUCAAUUUCGAAGACCAUCAGUGACCCAGUAUCAAUCUGUUGCCUACGAGGCUAAUAAAACAAGAAGUUGAAGGCGUACAAAUCCUGUCAGCCUGGGAAUAACUCUCAAAAAAUAUAUAUAUGCUUGUUUCAGAGAAAAUUUAUAUGCGUCGUAUUUUAUUAUAUUGAGGAAUAAGAAUUACAAAAACUUUGUUCAUAUAUCAACAAAUAAUGGAUACCACUAGACAUUACAAAAAUCAAUUUGAGGAUUAUUCCAUUGCGGUUAGCCGUAAUAUAAUCAGGGAUGAUACUAAUACGAUUCAUGAUGCAUUUAAAUCAUUAUUAACAUCAAAAAUUAAGAAUUUUAUAGAAGUAUUAAAAAAAAAUAAAAGAAAAUGGCUCGACAGCAGUGACUAUUCUGUAUACACUGGACAAGCAGGAAUUGCAUAUACAUUAUAUCGUUAUGGAAAAUAUUAUAAUGAUUCUGAGUAUAUUAAUAUGGCAGCAGAAAUAUUGCAAAGAUGUACUACAGAAUUCAAAAGCCGACAUGAAGUCACAUUUCUAACUGGAACUGUAGGUCCAUUAGCAUUAGCAGCAGUUAUACUACACUCACAACAAGAGAAAGAACAAGCAGAACAAUUAAUUCUUAAAUUGAAAUCUUUAUCUACUUACAUUUUGGAUAAACAUAGUGGUGUCCCUGAUGAAUUAUUAUAUGGAAGAGCUGGAUAUUUAACUGGUUUACUUUAUUUAAAUUCAAAUAUAGUUCCAGCUCCUAUAGAAGCAGAUCUUAUCAAACAAGUUGUUUCUUGUAUAAUUAAUUCUGGAAUAUCAUAUGCUACGUCAAAUCGUAGUCAAUCACCUUUAAUGUAUUCUUGGCAUGAUACAGAAUAUAUUGGUGCUGCUCAUGGAUUAGCAGGCAUAUUGUAUUUGCUCUUGCAGGCACGACAAUAUUUAACGCAGGUGCAGCUCGAUGAUUAUAUUAAACCAUCUUUGUAUUAUCUCCAAAAAUUGCAAUUUUCUUCUGGAAAUUUUCCUUCUUCAAUUGGCAAUUUUUCUGACAAAUUAGUACAUUGGUGUCAUGGAGCACCUGGAAUGUCUGCAUUAUUUUGUUUGGCUUAUAAGGUGUUUGAAGACCAUACAUUUCUAGAGACUGCAAUACAAUGUGGAGAAGUAGCAUGGGAACGAGGACUACUAAAAAAAGGAUAUAGUAUUUGUCAUGGUGUUUCUGGAAAUGGUUAUACUUUUAUACAUUUAUUUCAGCAAACAAAGAAUAUCAAAUACUUAUAUCGGGCUUGUAAGUUUGCCGAAUGGUGUUUUGAUUAUGGAUUACAUCAAAAUCGAUCCCCUGAUAGACCUUUUUCUUUAUUCGAAGGUCUUGCUGGUGUUAUUUAUUUUUUAUUGGAUAUGCAACAACCACAUUUAGCUAAAUUUCCAAUGUAUGAUAUUUAAAUAAAAAUAUAAUUAUUUGAACAGUCAA